CUGCAUCACAUAGCCAUAGGAAGUGGAAGAGCUUUUCAAAGGCAAUUGAGGCUUGCAGGCUAUUAAGAAUUACACAUAAAAAUUAAACGACUAAUCGAGAAAAGCGUAAGCUCAGCAGAAACAUGUCGAUUUAUAAGAUCGCUAUCGGAACUCCCGCGGAGGCAAGCCAUCCGGGCGCGCUCAGAGCAGCACUCGCGGAGUUCUUUUCUAUGUUGAUUUUCGUUUUUGCCGGGCAAGGAUCCGGCAUGGCUUUCAGUAAACUCGCCGACAGCGGAUCCGCUGCGUCGUCUGGUUUGAUCAUUGCGGCAUUAUCUCAUGCCUUUGCACUGUUCGUGGCGGUCUCGGUUGGAGCAAACAUUUCAGGGGGGCAUGUAAAUCCUGCCGUCACGUUCGGCGCCUUUCUCGGCGGAAACAUCACUCUAUCUCGCAGCAUCCUGUACUGGUUCGCGCAGUUGCUGGGAUCCACUGUAGCUUGCAUGCUGCUUAAAUACGCGACCGGACUCGAAACACCAGCAUUCGCCUUCUCAUCAGGUGUAUCAUCCUCGAAUGCACUCAUCUUCGAGAUCGUGAUGACCUUCGGUCUAGUCUACACGGUCUAUGCCACGGCAGUGGAUCCGAAGAAAGGGAACGUGGGGGUUGUCGCGCCAAUCGCGAUCGGUCUCAUUGUGGGGGCCAACAUCUUAGUUGGGGGCGCUUUUGAUGGUGCAUCCAUGAACCCUGCAGUCUCCUUCGGCCCGGCUGUCGUCAGCUGGUCGUGGACUCACCACUGGGUUUACUGGGUUGGGCCCAUGAUCGGCGCCGCGAUCGCAGCUCUGGUCUACGAUAAUCUCUUCAUCGAUGAAACCCUCGAGCCACUGGCUGCACAUGACUUCUAGGGAGUGAAGUCAGGGACAUAGUAGUAUGCCUGUUUGCCAAAAUUUGAAGAAAAUAAAUAGCUGAGUUUAGUCAUAUGCAAAUUGUGGUUUUGGUUUAUAGGGAAGGACUAUGGUCCCAAGGACUAAAAUAUAUCUUGUGCUUUUUUCUUUGUGGUUUUUAUUUAUUAAUGUAUUGCUUUUUGGAAGGAUGGGGGCUAAUUUUGUUUUCCUUAAAUGCUUUAGGAAAAAAGGGAUAAAUAGGAUUUCAAUUUUAUUUGAAAAGUGCAUUAUAUAGUUGGGUUA